AUGGGGAACGAAGCCAGUCUCGAAGGAGAGGGUCAGCCAGGACAACCAGGCAGCGCUGUACCUUCGGCUGGAGCCCCGGGUUCCAUUUCAGCACCGGCGGGAGCUGGACAGCUCAUCAAACCCAGCAAUGGUGCGCCAGUCGGAGGGACAGGGACCGGACCUGGGCCAGGGAUUAACAGCCUCCCAGAGAAACUGAACCAGACAGACCCCAAUGCGGGGCCCAAACCAGGUGGCCCGGCAGGAGCGGGUCCCGGCCCUGGAGCGGCCCAGCCCACUCAGGGGUCUGAGCAGGGUCACGUAUCGAGGAAAAACCUCCAGGUCGACGUGGGCAGCGGUAAGCCUGGACGUUCUCCGUCGGCGUCACCCGACAGAGGCAAUGCCCCAUCCUCACCCUAUUCUGUGCCCCAGAUUGCCCCCAUGCCCAGCAGCAAGCUGUGCCCUGUCUGCAAGACGGCUGACCUAACCGGAACCACGGACGGACAGCCAAACUUCAGUACCUGCACGCAGUGCCGCUCCAUGGUGUGCAACCAGUGUGGGUUCAACCCCAAUCCUCACCUGACAGAGGUCCAGGAGUGGCUGUGUCUGAACUGCCAGAUGCAGAGGGCUUUGGGUAUGGACAUGACAACCCCACGCUCCAAGAGCCAGCAACAGAUACAUUCCCCAUCUCACCAGGCCAAACCUGAGCCCCAAUCUGAACCCCAGCCACAUCCCCAAACACAAGCACCACCCCAAACCCAACCUAAGCCUUCCCCAGACCCAAAGAGACAACCUGGACCUGCGCAAGGUGCUCAGCAAGCUGGUGGCCCAAGUCCGACCCAACCUCAGGGCAAACCUCCUGCCCCAGGAGCAGUCCCUCUGCCUGGCAUGGCCAAAGCUCCGUCGCAGCCUGACCUGUCUCGUUCUGGUCCCAUGUCCCAGAGCCAACCGACCCGACACGACCAGACCCGCAGUGCUGGAAGCUCCCCGUCCCGCCAGCCCCCUCCACCUGAACAGCCCUUUGGGAAACUCUUUGGUUUUGGAGCAUCACUUCUUAACCAGGCCAGCAGUCUUAUGUCUGUAGACCCCAUGCCUGGAACGACCCCACCUCAGCAAAGCCCUGCCAAGCCUCCCCCUAAGCAAACGGGUCCUUCUAGUCCUGCAGCUGGGGUCAAACCUGGACCACAACAAGGACCUCCUCAGCAGCAGAAACCCCGACAGGAUGCCUCCUCCAAACCCAAAGCUUGCUGUCCGCUAUGUAAGACUGAGCUGAAUGUAGGAAACCCGGCCGAACCACCCAACUACAACCACUGUACCCAGUGCCACACGCAAGUGUGCAACAUGUGUGGAUUCAACCCUACACCUCACCUGGUGGAGAAGAAAGAAUGGCUCUGCUUGACCUGCCAGACACAGAGAGCUAUGUCAGGAGACUUGGGGGAUAGUCCAGCUCCUGCCCCUCAGCCAAUGGGAUCCCCACGUCAUCUAGGGCCAGCCAAUCAACAGCAGGCCCAGCAGAAAGGACCCAGUCAACAGACAGGGCUGAGGCCCACAGGCCCUCAGCAGCAAAAGCCACCAGGUGCUCAAGUAAGUGGACCUUUGUAUCCUGCCCAACAGGGCAAGAGCCUCACGCAACACCAGUCAUCACCUGUCAAACCAGUCCCUGGCAGUUCAUCACCCCAGGGAAUCAGUGAGACACGAAAACAAGAGCAAGCCAUAAGCAAGAGCCAAGUAAAACCCAAAACGGAGGAGGUGGAGGUCAAAACACCCUCUAAGAAAGGAACACCAGAUAUGACGACACUUAAAGAUGAGAAGAAAAGUAGUGACUUGCAGAAGUCAAAACACCAUGACGAUUCAAACAAAUCAAGUACACAAAGCCUGAGUGAUACAGGCUACUCAUCAGAUGGGAUAUCCAGCUCUCAGAGUGAGAUUACUGGGCUGAUCCAAGAAGAAGGUGUCACACUGAACGAGAAAGGGAUCUGUGAACAACAUGGUCCCUCUAGCCCCUCUGAAAUAACAAAACUGGAGAGCUCCAUGCGGCCUCUGCUAGAGUCCAAGACUGCUUCUGACCAGUGGCGGAACAGAGAUAGCCAUGAUGGUGAUGAUAAACAGCCGAGACCUCGCUCCUUGUCCAUUUCCCAGGACCAGGCAUUUGACUCUGAUGAAGAAGCAGCUCGGGAGGAGUCCUCAGAUGACCUAAGCUGCAAGUUACGUCAUGACUAUGUAGAGGACAGCAGUGAGAGUGGCCUUUCUCCAUUACCAACCAGACCAAAGAAGUCCCAAAAAGAAAUGACAGAUGAGGACUUUAUGAGGAGGCAGAUCCUACAGAUGAGUGCAGAUGAGGAGGAGAUUGGAGAUACUGAUGAGUGUGGUCAACAAAAGGCGAAAAAGGGCCAUAAACACAGUGUUGAUCUGGGAAAGGAGAAACGACGUCUCACACACCACUCCAGCAGUUUUGAAGAAGAUAGCAAAGGAAGUGAUGGUGCAUACAAAUGUGGUGAAGGUGAUGAUAUGAUGACCUCUCAAGGAGGCUUAAGACGUUUCAAGACUAUAGAACUGAAUAACACAAACAGUUACAGUCGUGACAUGGAACUCAGCACAGAUCAUGACCUCAGAGAGCCUGAGUUGGAGAUGGAAAGCCUGACUGGUUCACCUGAGGAGCGGUCAAGAGGGGACUAUUCUUCCACCCUCCCUGCAACCACUCCAAGCUAUACCUCUGGUACAUCUCCCACCUCUGUAUCUUCAAUGGAGGAUGACAGCGAUAGUAGUCCUAGCCGAAGGCAAAGGCUGGAAGAGGCUAAGCAGCAACGGAAAGCUCGACAUCGGUCCCAUGGCCCACUCUUACCUACCAUUGAGGAUUCCUCUGAGGAGGAUGAGUUGAGAGAAGAAGAAGAACUUCUUAGAGAGCAAGAGAAAAUGAGAGACUUGGAGCAGCAGAGAAUUCGAAGUACAGCUAGGAAAACAAAAAGGGACAAGGAGGAGCUUAGGGCCCAGAGACGCAGAGAGAGGUCAAAGACUCCCCCUAGUAACCUGUCUCCAAUUGAAGACGCAUCACCAACAGAGGAGCUAAGACAGGCAGCUGAAAUGGAAGAGCUUCAUAGAUCAUCUUGCUCAGAAUACUCACCAUCAAUGGAUUCAGAGGCUGAAGGCUUUGACAUGGGUUCAAAGUUGUACAAGUCUGGUAGUGAAUACAACCUACCUACAUUUAUGUCUCUGUACUCCCCCACAGAAAAAGCACCUGCUGUAUCACCUUCUGCAGCAGAUAAGUCAUUAAAAAGUGCAGAGGAGGUCUACGAAGAAAUGAUGAGAAAGGCAGAAAUGAUGCAAAAACAGCAGCAAAUGCAGCAGGGGAGGCAACAAGCUGGUGUCCCCCAGUUGAGUAGAGACAAACAGCACUUAGAUGCUGGUUCAACAACUUUAAGCCCAGGAACAAGCCCUACCCAACUCUCAGCUCCUGUGUCACUUUCAACACAAAGUGACUCCAGUGGUCGAGGGUCACCAGGCAUGCGUGGUGCACAGCAUUAUUCAAAAGAAAAUCAAGAAAAAAUAAGGGCUCAAACAUCCAAAGUUGGCCCAACAACUGGCCCACCUGGGACACAUACAGUAACGUCUUCUCAGACAGGUUCUACUGCUGCACCUCCUCCGGGAAGACCAGGUGUUCAGGGAACAGCAUCACCUGAGCCCUCUGCAGCGUCCUCACUUACAUCCAAAGUAUUUUCUUAUUUUAAAAACCCUAGUUCCCCCACCUCCCCAUCAACAUCUCCUGCACAGAGUCCUACUCGUUCUCCUGCUGGUAUUUCCAGUUCACCUCUGCCAACAACACAUGCCUCCCAAAUACCACAAAGAACCGGUACCCCACGACUCUCGAGACAGCAGUCCUCUCAAGAUUCGCCAGUCAUGGUGAUAACACUCGGCUCACAGACUCCAAGCCAACCUGCUAAACCAGUGACUGUAAAUUCUUCCACUUCCCCUUUGUCUUCACCAACAAAACAUCAGCACCCCCAACAUCAGAAGCAACCAAUUUGUCAGCCUCAGCCACCAACAAGUUCCCCUUCUUCCCCACAAAAAAUUUCCAGCCAUCCAGCAACUCAGCAUAACUUGCAAAAAACACAUACAACAGAAAAAGUUCAUCCAGGCAUAAGCGCUGCUUCUACUGGAGGCACCUAUAGUCGAGGAUCUCUCUCCAUGGAAAAUAUAUCCCUUUGUAAAAUAUCCACUGUCCCAGGAAUGUCUAGGGUUGUUGAGCAAGGUCAGGCUCCCCCAAGUGGGAGUGUAGUGGAUCUAAGAGCUCCCAUGAAACCCACCCCAAUCAUAAUGACAGAGCAAGGUAUGGACCUGACAUCUCUUGCAUCCGAUACACGGCGGUACUCUCUUGGUGCAGAAACGCCUAGCCGUCAUACUGCAGUUCAGCCUCUUAUCAUGAAUCUAAAUGCACAGGAGCAACCUCAUGUUACCACAUCAACACCAACAACAGUGAGUGUUACUGUGGCAGCAUCCAUGUUUAUAUCGCAGCCAAAGCAUCCAGUGGUUUAUGGAGAUCCACUGCAGAACCGUGUUGACCUUGGUCAAGGAGUUGGAGCUGCAGUUUGUCUUACCCAGACAAAGCCACAAGUAACAGACCCGUCUAUUCCAAAGAUUGAUGCUUGUCUAGAGGAUCUUGGUAUCCAACAGCAGCAGCUUCAGAAACAGCAACAGAAGUUACAGCAGCAGCAACAGCUCCUUGAGCAGCAGCUUCAGCAACAUCAACAGGCAGCUUCGUCUUUUGCUCGCUACAAUUUAGCAAACCAAGUUCAACCAGUAUUAUUGAAAAAGGACUUAAUGGUUAGUCAGACCAGUAGUGGCAGUGCUCAAACAGUGGUCAGUGUCAGUGCGAUUCCAAGAGUCUCUCCUCUUCCUCCCCAGCCAUCGACUGGAAUAGCAUCCCCCACCCCCACUCUUCCCCAUGACAUUUAUGGUGGUGUAGCCCUUGAACUAAAGAAUAAGCCCACUGUUGUGAACCUGUCUACAGGAAAGCCUCAUGUAAUGAUGGUACAAUUAGAUGAAAACAGCAUAUCACAAGGAACUGUUACCCAACUUGUGAAAAGAGAGGAGCCAGUUCCGGCACCUGCUCCAGAAGUUCUGGAUCUCACAGGACAAAUUAAAUCUGAGAACCAAGUGGCCUGUUGUGAUGUUGUUUAUAAGUUGCCUUUUGCUGGUUCUUGCACAGGACCUUUUGCUCAGAGGACCAAGACCUCAGAUAAUAGUACCACUGAACCUUCUCAAGCCACUCAUUCAGUUACUGCCCCUCAUAUUAGUUCAGGACAACAGCCCCAACCUGGGAAAGAUGGCUACCAGGUGACAAAUAUGCAAGGAGCAACAAAGGAAUAUAAACCAUUUGGGUUACCCCCUCCAGGGCGCCUUCAGCCAUCAAUGUCUGAUACCAAUCUCUCAGAGGGAGUGCAUCAGCAAUAUCAACGGACUGAUCCAGGUGAUCUUGCAGUAGAUUUGAGUACAAUGAAACAGGCUUAUGAAGGUGGAUAUCUUGGAAUGGGUGCACAAUAUGGGUCCUACACAGAUCUGCGUCAGCAUGGAGAUAUUUCAGGACCACCAUUACCACUCCGGAGAUAUGGGUCUAUGUCCAAUAUCAAUGCAGACUAUGGUUAUCCCACACGAGAUCUUGGUGGUUUUCAGGAGCCUAACCUUGCACAGUACAGUGCCACAACAGCAAGAGAGAUUAGUCGAAUGUGUGCAGCUCUUAAUUCUAUGGACCAGUUUGGUGGGCGUUAUGGUAACAAUCCAGAGCUUCUUCAGUGUGGGGCUGGAAGAGGUGACGCAUCAGGCAGAAUGAAUCUUCAACAAGGGUUAGCAUCUAUUAGAGCCAAUCUGUUAUAUGGUCCUGAUGGAAGGCCCACUGUUCAUGGUCAAGCACUAACUAAUCUCAUCAAUGCCAGACAAGCAAGUCUACGAGCCAUGUGUCCUUCUGCUCUGAGGACUGCUGAUGGCAUGAUAUUCUCUACUAUCACUACUCCUAUAGCCUCCACUUUACCAAUCACAACUCAGCCAGCCCCUGUCCUGCAACCCUUGCUUAGAGGUGUUUAUAGACCCUACACUACUGGAAAUGUUACCGCUGUACCUCUUGCAAGCCUUACCAGGUUGUCACAUGUGACUCCAAGGAUGCCUCUCUCUGCACAGGGACCUUAUAGAUAUCCACCUCCCAGUCGUUUUCCAACAACGGCCCAGGCUUCUACACCAGGAAGCGCAGUAACCGAAAACACCUCUGCUCAGGAAAGUCCUGUCUAUCUAGGGAAAUCAUCAGCACCUGGUUCUGUACCCCCAACUUCAACCUUACCUGCACAGCACAGUGCACUGACAGCUGGCUCUCAAACCACCACAAUUCCAGUUCAGGCCACCAUAGUACCAACUAACUUUCAGACUCCUCGGUCUCAUAUUUUAGAGGAGAGCACCACAACACUUCCAUCAGCUCAGUCUCAAACUCAGCCAGUGCAUGCAACAAUGCAAUUACAAGUACAACCGCAGACAGUGACCCAAGGGCAAGGCCAAGACCUAUCGCAAACCCAAGGGCAGUCACUUGCUCAAAUACAACCUCUGGCUCAGCCUCAGGCACUGACAUUGUCACAAACACAGCCCCAGACUGUUUCACGGGUUUUGCCAGAAACUAAGGCCAGCACAACCAUUACUGCUUCUGGAAAUGUAGAAAAAGAUAAAGAGGAUGAACGACUACGCCAACAACAGGAGCAGCUGUUGCAGUUGGAGAGAGAGCGUGUUGAGUUAGAGAAGCUUCGUCAGCUACGCCUUCACGAAGAGCUUGAGAGGGAUCGUUUGGAACUCCAAAGGCACAGGGAGAAAGAACAACUUCUUGUGCAGCGGGAGAUUCAAGAACUACAGAACAUUAAGCAGCAGGUGCUCCAACAGCAGCAGGCUGAAAGGGAGACCCAGCUGGUCAUGCAAAGAGAGCAAUUGGCUCAGCAGAGGCUACAAUUAGACCAGAUACAAUCUUUACAGCAGCAACUUCAGCAACAGCUUGAGGAACAAAAGAGGCAGAAGACCGCAGCCAUAGAGGCAGCUGCGGCUGCAGCUGCAGCUGAAGCCGCUGCAGCAUCUGCUGCAGCAGCAGCAGCAGCCACUACAGCCCAAGGUGCCAUUCAAGGAGUAGUAGUUGGUGGAGCUACACCUCAAAGCUUCUCUAUUAUUUGUGAUCAAAGUGGCAGAGUUAUUCCACAGGAGGGACAGAGUGUACAGUUCUUGCCUUAUAUAGAUGGACAAAUGAUCCAGGCAGUGGUGACUUCAAGGCAAAUACCCAGCUCUGCCUCUGAGAUAUCAUUAAGAAACAGUGAUGAUCAUGGAGAUGCUAGAACUAUGAAAAAACAGAACUCAAUGCCCCGCUUGAGGGAUGGAUCAGAGGAGGAAACUGUAAAGAGGAUUGCAGACUGCAGUGUCCAGACUGAUGAUGAAGACACAGAGGACAAAUACAUGUCAAGACGCAGGAGAACUAGACGCAUUGCUGACUGCAGUGUGCAAACAGAUGAAGAGGAUCAAGUAGAAUGGGAACAGCCUGUAAGGCGCAGAAGAUCAAGGUUCUCCAAACACUCUGAAUCCAGUGCAGAAACCAAGGCUGACGCAACAUCCAAAAUUACCUCAAGCAUAGCCAUCCAAACCACUAAUGACUCCUCUUGUCAGACUGAGCCAGACCAACUAGGCAGGGUAUCACCAGCAAUCCAUAUCACCAUGGCUGAAACAUCAAAGGUUGAGCUCCUUCACUGUGUCUCAGCCCCUGAAAGGACGCAGAGAGGAGAGAGUUUAGCUUGUCAGACUGAACCAGAGGCACUAUCUCAGGGUGUGGUAGCUCCACAGCUGAGUGUACCCACCACAGUCAGUCCAUACUCCACCAGUUUGCAGAUGGUUGGUUCUACCACAUCCAAGUUAGAGAGGAGAAAACCUGACCCCCUAGAUAUUGGCUAUCAGCAGCAAGCCCAACAAAAUGAAUCUCCAUCCCGCCAGCCUCCAAAAUCUCCACAGGUGCUGUACUCUCCAGUAUCCCCGCUGUCUCCCCAUCGCAUGUUAGAGACAACCUUUACAUCAAGUGAGAAGCUAAAUAAGGCACAUGUUACACCCCAACAAAAAGCCUUCACCACUGAGUCCCCCCAAAGGCAUCAGACUCUUCCAAGACCCAUAAAGAGUGUUCAGCGGUCAAUGUCAGAUCCUAAGCCCCUUAGCCCAACUUCUGAAGAUCCAUCCAAGACCAGAUUUUCCCUCUACCAAAGUCAGGCGCUUCCAAGCAGUCAGAUGGCUGCCUUGCAGCAGCAGAACUCAAUGAUGAAGAAGGUGAAAAGAACUCUUCCCAGCCCCCCUCCUGAAGAAACACCGCUACCCAUUGUUACACCUGCCAUGCCCCAGAUGUACAGCUCCCCAGGACUACCCCAGAGGGUGUUGCCACGGCCAGCACAGGGGGUCACCAAGGCAGGCCUUUUGAAUGAGCUUAAAGUUGUGGAGCAGGAGUCCUCCAAACUUCGCAAGCAACAAGCAGAGCUGGAGGAGGAGGAGAAAGAGAUUGAUGCUAAGCUACGAUAUCUUGAAUUAGGUAUCACACAGCGUAAAGAAACCUUGGUGAAAGAGAGAGAAAGGAGAGAGCUUGCCUACUUGCGAUGUAUGGGAGAUGCACGUGACUACAUGUCAGACAGUGAAUUAAACAAUCUGCGCCUUGCAGCAGCAUCAGCAGGUACUUAUGAUGGAAAUGGACUGUUAUCACGGCCCAGCACAACACCACUUAACCAGUUUACUAGUGAUCUUAAUGCAGUUUCUCAAUACCCCCCUACCUCCUCAUAUGUCCCUUAUCAGUACCAACAAAGCCAACCAACACCCACACAGCCACCGACAGGUGCUUAUCAGCAGAUUGGAUUCCAACCACCACAGUACCCCACAGCCUCACAGCCUCUACCAGGGACCUUCCAGCCUCAGCCUCCUCAACCCUCAGCUUACCAGUCUCAGGGAGCAUUUCAGACUCAUGGUUUCAGCCAGUCCACCUAUCAGGCUGAGCUAAGCCUACAACAGAGUCAUCAGGGGUUCCAGCCUCCAGCUCCUCCUGUCCCAGGACAGACUCUACCGUACCCUGGCCAGAGCCUGUCUUUCCAGCACCAGGCAGAUAUCCUCACUGUUCAUCAGAGACCACGACAGACAUCUCUGGCUGACCUGGAACAGAAGCUGCCUACCAAUUAUGAGGUCAUCAGCAAUCCUGCAGUGUCAGUAGCCACAUCAGCUCAAGAACCUGGCUUCAGUGGUGCCUAUUCCUCAACCAUGACCAGUGCUUAUGGGCAGUACCGAGCACCUGAACAGAGUCUGACUGACCGCAUUCCAAGUCCCACAUCUGCUUAUGGCUCAGAUGGUCUGUAUACCACCAGUCUAGAGCAGAAUAUCCCCCGUAAUUAUGUCAUGAUUGAUGACAUAAGUGAAUUGACAAAGGAGAGCAUGGGCCCUUCAUCUGACUUACAGCGGAGCGGGGACACGCUAGGGCACUCAUCAGCUGGCCGUUACGGGAGUGAGAAUGGCCCACAAGGAAUGACCUAUGGAGAAGAAUCUGAAGAUCCUUAUGGCAGACCUAAAAACACCACCGGCUACCAUCAGCAGGGUGCAGUGGACAGUCAUGGACGGACAAGCACCACUAUGAGUGGUGGUUCCUCAUAUUAUUAUGAUGAAUACAAACAUUCUAGCUCUCGCAACAGUGCUGGGAUGGGAUCCCAGAAACAUUCAUCCAAGAGUUUAGCACCUGCUGUAGUCUCCUCUAAACGUAGCAAGCAUAGGAAGCAAGGCAUGGAGCAGAAGAUCUCAAAAUUUUCACCUAUUGAGGAGGCUCGGGAUGUGGAAUCUGACCUUGCUUCUUACACCAUGACUACGUCAACGGGUGGUAGCUGCACUGUAGUGUCCAGAACCAAGAAACACCAAGAUGACCUCUCAUAUGGACUGAAGAAAAGCGCCUAUGACCAGCAGAAAUAUUAUAGUUCAAGUCGGGAGGCACUAGAAGAGGAAGAACGCUUAUAUGGAUCUGGAAGAUCAAGGUCAACAGGCUAUGGGAUGGACAAAAUCUCCUCCAAAGACUCAGGAGGCUACAGGAGCAAAUCAUAUGAGAGAGAUGCCAUGGAACGGUCCCAAAGGGGCAGUCACAGCCGGAGUGGACGCCCUUCCAUGCGAACUCAGAAUUCUGAGGAAGAAAGUCCCCUCAGCCCUGUAGGGAAGCCUAUGGGCAUUGGUCGCAGCGCUGUAGGUCCCGACACUCAUGAUGUACGAAACCAGUAUGGCUCCAGCCAUUCCCUGCCUGACGUACAGGACCAUCACAUGAAAGACAUGCCGAGGAGCCAUGUCUACAAACCUGAUGACCCUUACCUUGUAGAUGACAUGCAUUGUGCUGUUUCUGACAGUGAAGCCUAUCAUUUAGGUCAGGAGGAGACAGACUGGUUUGAGAAACCCCGUGAGGCUCGUUCAGAACGCUCCAGACAUCAUGGAAGUGGGAGCCACUCCUCAAGUAGGAGGAGCAAUGUUAAACACACUUACCAUGACUACGACGAGCCUCCUGAGGAGGAUAUGUGGGACCAAGAUGAAUAUGGCAACCCACGCCACACAUCCUCCACUUCAAGUCGGGAGCACCGGCACCAUGGUAGCAGCUCAGGAAGACACUCUUCUUCACGACACUCAGAUGAAUCCAGGUCCUCCCGUUCCUCUCGGUCACACCCUAAGGACCCCUCUGCACGCUCUGAUGCCCGUGGUACUUCCUCAUCCUCACACAAGAGGGGAGGCUCGGAUGGUCGGUCCUCACAGGGUGGGUAUCGGGACUCUGAUUAUUCCCGUGAUCCAGCAUCUAGUCAUCACCACGGUUCAGGAGGACAGAGGGGGCAAAGGCAACCUGGCUCCUCCAGGAGACAGGAGCCAUCAUCAGGGUCAAGGCAACAACAGCAACAGCCGAGCUCUGGCGGACAACAGGCACAACAGCAGGGACAGCAGCGCUCCGCAGGGCAGCCACAGUCUGGGAGACAUCCGGGGCCUCAACAAACAGAGACAGGGCAGCAGGGCCAGCAGUCGGGACAGCAGCCACGGACACAGCAGUCAGGACAGCAGCAACAGCAGCAACCCCAGCAGCAACCUGGUCAGCCGCCACAACCUUCCAACAGUACAACUCAACCCACACCCACACCCACAACCACAACCACAGGAGCAGGAGCAGGAGCAGGAGUGGGGCCAGGUACAGCACAACAGCAAGCCAAACCAGGCCAAACUUCAGCACAGGGACAGCAACAACCAGCAGGACCAAGUGCAGGCCAGCCAAGUGCUGCUGGGAUUAAAACUGGUGCAGCCCCUGCUUCCACUACUCCUCCAACUGGUAUUGGAAGUAAAGCUGCUAUCCCUCAGCCAGCAAAAGGGCCACAGACUCCUGCUGUAGGCAUUGGCUCAAAAGCAGCUCCCAGACCAGUGGGGAUCGGAAGCGCUGCAGCAGGACAGCCAACUGCUGAGGGAGACAGCGUUCUAACCAAAAUCCUGCAGGGAGGGGCAGCAGAACAAGCAGGAAAACUGGGAGAUGCCGUAUCUGCUCUCGGCAAGAAGUUUACUUCAUUUUGGUGA